AUGUCUUACAGGGAUUUAAGAAAUUUCAGCGAAGCGAUGCGAGCUCUUGGUUUUCCUCAUCAGAUAUCUUUGGACAGUUUUCGCAACCCUAACUGGGACCUGGUCGAGUCCUGUCUAAAAUGGCUUGCGGAGAGAAUUGAACCGGACGCCUCGCUGGCUGGCGGCAAGGAAUCCGUUGAACAGAGGGUUGCUAUGGUCACCCAUGCUGUAGAAUUGUUUCAUUCUCGAGCAAAUCUCAAACUAAACGGUAAAAAGAUCUAUGGCGCAGACGGUUGGGCUGUGCGUGAACUUCUCAAAGUGGCAACUCUCUUACGAUCGGCCCUCGAGACGCCCAAUCAAGAUGAUAGUUUCAAUGAUUCCAAUCCACUGAUGUAUGAUAUUACUAGCCGGGUGGGUGAAAUAAAGCAAGCUCGAAGUUUGGCCACAGACAUCACCGCUCAAGGAGCAUUUCUAUACGAUCUGUUGGCUAAGGAGCCUGAAAAUAAGGACCAACGUGACAAGGCACUAUCUCGUCAACUGGACAUGUCCUCAUUAGAGGCAGCUCUCAAUCGCGCUGUCGAAUCACUGGCUGGUCAAGUGGCAGCUGUUAGAGAGCAGAUAGACAAUGUGGCCUCCAGUGAGGCAGCCUUAGACGCGAAGUUGGAAAGACGGAGAGCUGAAUUGCAAAGGGCAGAGAAAAGACUGCACACGGUGCAGAAGAUCAAACCUGCGUAUCAAGGCGAGCUGACAAACCUGGAGGGUGAGAUAGAACAGCUAUGGGACCAGUACGUUCUCCGCUACCGCUGUGUCGAAGCGCUCAAACACCAGCUCAGUCUGCUGGAAACUGCUCAGGCAGAGGCUGCUGAGGAACAGCAGGCGGCGAUUAUGCAGUUGAUUCACAAAUAUGAAGCCGAGGAUGUCCUCGGGAAACUGAGCGAAUCUGACGAUUUGGACUCCAGUGACGAAGGAAAGGAAUCUUCGAAGGCGCCCCGUCCGGCGACCAGACCUCGGACAAGACUCCGCAUUAAGACGGCUGGCACAGGUCCGGAUGCGAGGCAGGCGUUUGGUAGCAUGCAAACACGCGAAUCGUUAGAAGACCUCGACGGCUCCAGCUCCGAUACUGACUUAUCAGAUGAGCAGAUUUAUGGUUCUGGCGGUGGUCGCUGGUCUCGUCCCCGACCUGCCACACGUACCAUCGCCGGUGCUGAUGACUACGCAGACCUCAUACAGCGCCCGGCCGCAGAGACGGCGCCCCGCUCGGCGGGCUCGCUGGCCAGCUCCUCCGAGAGCGAGCUGCGGCUGGCCAGCGCGAUGCCCGGCCGUGCCUCCGCGCUCAGCGACAACGAGUUCUAGCUGAUGACGCUGUAUAACUGCUUCGUGUUAUUUAAAUAAAGUUCUUUCUUUAAAAA